AUAUUGUAUUUAUAUUUAAAUACACGAAUACUAAUAAAGAAAAUAGUUUAAUUCAAAUCAUUAGCAAAAUGGCACAUUGGUUUCAUCGUAAUGUACUAAAAGCUACGACAAAUCAAAAAUUCGAAUUAAAAAUAACUAAUCCUACUGAUGCUACAAGAAAACUAUGCAGUGAUCUAAGAUUAUCAAGAAAUCGUCUUUUGGAUUUAAUUAAAAAUCCAAAUAAUUCAAGUGAUACCAUUGAACCAGCAUUUCAUAGCUAUUUAAACUUGUUAUAUGGAUUUAUAUGGGAAAUAAACUCUGCUAUAGAACAGUCUGAACACGUUGGUAGACCCAAUCCUAGCAAACUUAGAAAUGUUAUUGUGUAUAAGUGGACACAUACAUUAUUGGGAUCAAAUACUUAUUCCAGUGCUGAUUCUGUUUAUGAAGCAGCUAAUAUCAGUAUGAAUGUAGGACUUUGGUUUAUGAAACAUGCUGCAAUGAUUGCUGCUAAAGAUGAUAUAAAUAUGAACGAAGCAAAAGAUGUACAUACUAUGCUAAGAAGAGCUGCAGGAAUAUUUACCUUUGUACAAACAGAAUUUUUACCGCAAUUGGCAAAUCCUCCUCCACUAGGAAGUGAUUUAGAUCCAAGAAUAAUAAAUGCAUAUGUGAAUCAAUGUACAGCAGAAGCACAAGAAGUGACAGUAGCCAGAGCAGUAGAAUUAAAACAUAAUGCCAACUUAAUAUCAGCAUUAGCUAAUGAAACAAGCAAAUUAUUUCUAGAUGCUGCUAAUACUCUACGUUCAUUUAAACCAGAGAUAUCAAUACAGUGGAUUAAAUAUUUAGAACUUAAAGCUGCAUUUUACCAGUCUUAUGCUUAUAAUUAUUGUGGUGAAAAUUUAUUAUCCAUGGAUAAAUGUGGGGAAGCAAUUAAAGCCUUACAAGAAAGUGAAGCAUGUUUGAAAAAAGCAAAAAUGUUAUGUCAAGAGUAUGGAAAAAUAAAUGGACCAGCACCUAAAGUAAAACCAGAUCAACAUGCUGUAUUUAAGCGAUUAGCACCCAUAGUAAAACUUACACUUGAUAAGUGUAAUCGUGAGAAUGGUUUAAUUUAUCAUCAUACAAUACCAGGAGAGGUUCCAACAUUAGAUACAAAAGCUACUUUUGGUUUAGUGAGUCCUAUUGAUUUUCAAGUGCAAUCACAUCAUUCUAUAUGGAACUUAGAUAUAUAUAGAACAUUAUCAGGGUUAACACCUGCUAAAAUUGAAAAGGAACAAAAUUUAUCUCCUGUCAAAGAAGAUUCAAUUCAUCAAAGUACCAAAGAUCCAAAGAAUGCAAGUGGAUGUAUGUUACAAUAAAUUGUUUAG